ACGCUGCCACACUUUAAUGUUUCUGUGCUGUUUGGUUCAUGUGUAAAAGUGAAUAAAAGACAUAAAUCUGAUUAAUGAGAAGACAUGAUUUUAUAUUUCGAUGAGAGGACAGAAAUGUAAUUUACAUGGUGCUGUUUGUUUACAAGUUGAAGAAUAAUAACUUAAUUACACUUUUAUGUAGAAAGAUUGAAGCUGUUAAUUUGUUUAGUUGAAGGCCUUGAACCUUUAAGUCUAAACCUCAUUACGCUGAUAUUUAAAAUGGCCUUUCAAUAACAGUUUAAACAAUAAAUCAAAAUCAGAAGCACUUGAUCAUGCGUGCUGCGAACUGUUUGAUCUGUGCAGAACAGAUGUUAUAAUAACUAACGCUUUUAAAUCCACAUUUUUCUCUGACAAACUACAAAACUCCGUGACAUAUUAAAGAUUAUUUGUCCUUCAGCAAACCGCUGAGCCAAUCAGCAGGCCGUCCUAAAUCCAGAAGGUCCACGUCACCGGCAGAUCAUCCAAUCAGAAGGCAGACACCUCCUGCGCUCUGCGUUUCCUCCUCUCAAAGUUUGGACUUUGCUAAUAGACAGAAGGAGCAGAUGAUCAUGUUUUAUUAUCUCUCAGAAGUUCUUCAGCCGAGCAGACAAACUGUCUUCCCAUCGUCCUGCUCCUGAAGUGGACCCGGACCUCCGUCUGCGGGGAAACUCGACUCCUCCUCGGAGCUUUUCUGCACGUUGCACGUUUUGGAUUUUGCCGUCCGGUUGGUCCUGAGAUGGGCUUUGAGUGUGACUCCAGAGACGGUGGGGUUUUUGUUUAGUCUGGACCGUCAGGGCCCUGAAGUGCCAAAGCAAGCAGCUGCAGUCCUCGCUGGUCCUCCGCACAGGUGGGCAUGUUAGCGGUGGGUCAGAUGGACGGGUCCCGACAGAGCGCCUUCCUCCUCAGCACCCCCCCUUUAGCCGCUCUGCACAGCAUGACCGAGAUGAAGACCCCGCUGUACCCGGCCUACCCGCUCUCCUCCCCCGGCCCCAACUCCUCUACCUCACCGGCCACCACGUCCCCCAACCCGGGCGGCAUGGCCGUGUCCUCCCCGGGCAUCAAGAGCUCCACGGGGCUGUCGUCGGGGCUCGGCUCCCCGCAGCAGUGCUCCUCGGCCACCCCUCACGGAAUCAACGACAUCCUCAGCCGGCCCGCCACCGCCGCCUCGGCCGGAGCCACGGUGGCCGCCGCCGCCGCUGCCGCCGCCUCCUCCUCGGCGGGGAUCCUGUCGGGGCUGCCCCGGUUCAGCAGCCUCAGCCCGCCGCCGCCGCCCGGACUUUACUUCAGCCCCAGCGCCGCGGCGGUGGCGGUGGCCCGCUACCCGAAGCCCCUGGCGGACCUCCCGGGCAGGACGCCGAUCUUCUGGCCCGGGGUCAUGCAGAGCCCGCACUGGAGGGACGCCAGAUUUGCGUGUUCGCCCCAUCAGAACUCGGUGUUACUGGACAAAGACGGGAAGAGGAAACACACGCGGCCCACCUUCUCCGGACAGCAGAUCUUCGCCCUGGAAAAGACCUUCGAGCAGACCAAGUACCUGGCGGGCCCGGAGCGGGCGCGGCUGGCUUACUCUCUGGGAAUGACCGAGAGCCAAGUCAAGGUGUGGUUUCAGAACAGGAGGACGAAGUGGAGGAAAAAGCACGCGGCCGAAAUGGCCACAGCGAAGAAGAAGCAGGACUCGGAGACGGAGAGACUGAAGAGCAGCUCGGACAUCGAGGACGAGGACGACGACUACAACAAGCCGCUGGACCCGAACUCGGACGACGAGAAGAUCACUCAGCUACUGAAGAAACACAAGCCGGGAUCUGCGCUGCUGCUGCACACGUCCGAGACCGACAGCUCCUAACUCUUCACCUUCAUCCUCCUCCUCCUCCUCCUCGUCUUCUUCUUCUUCUUCUGGAGGGAACGAAACGACCUGUCGGAGUCCGGAGGUUGUCCUCCGCUGUGGGUUUUUCCGUUCUGGGUCUUGUUGCACGCUGAUGGAGACUCGCGUCCGGACAAAGUGCGGAGACUGACGGACUUUUGGUGGCCAAACUCCGGCAGAGAAGACGCUCCUUAAACUUGUAAAUAGAACCGUGAGUUGUACCCAAUAGAAAUUAUCUGCUGUGAAUAAUUUAAGUGUUUUUGUACAGAUCACAGAUCAGCUUGUUUUGUAUUUCACAGUCACAUAAAUGAGCCUCCUUCAGUGGGUCCCUGAAGGCCUCCUGACACAGCAGGAGGAGGCUGUGAACGCACCACACGCACCUGUACAGACAGAAAAUAUUUCACACCUUUUUAUUUAUAUGUUUGAGUUGUGACUGGCGCCUGCGCACUUGUGUAUCACGUCAGGUUAAUGUAAUGCACUUUUAUUUAAUAAAAACUCAAAUGUU